GAAAUAUUGAAAUAUAAACGAACCUUACCGGGAUUAUGAAUUUUUUAUUAAGUCAUUAACCUCAAAAAUAAAAAUCUCGUUUAAAAAACUUAAAACCUUAGAAAAUAAAACUCACAAAUUAUGGCUUGGAAGUUGAUUAACCGAUUGAAUAACAUAAUUGAUCAUGUAUUAUUGGGAAUAUAUGGCACUCCUCCACCCGCACUUAGUCUUCUGGGAUUAAGUGGUAAUCGUUCAAGUCUUCGUGAAACUAAGCCGUCAAAUGUAACUGAGCGUAUUGAAGAACUUUGGAAAGAUGGAAUACUUUGGGCUGCUCCAAAAAGCCGACGUCCACUAGAAAAAAGAUGGAGUAGAAAAUUUGGUUUUCCUGAAAAACAUUGGAAACUUCUUGUACCAAAAACUAACUUGAUAGUUUGUCCAAAUUGUGGUCAUGAUUAUGAGGCUGGUCACCUUUGCAGCAAAUGUUAUAAACGUGUUAAAGCAGAAACUACAGAAAUGCAAGAAGCAAUUGUCAAUAAGCUUCAAUUGACUCCAGUUGAAAAUGAAGUAGUAGUUAUGUACGAAGAUGAAAAUCCAGAUAAAACAUCAGAGUAUUGGCAAGGUCAAAGAAUUAUUGAAAUGCCAAAAAAACGACCUGCUUGGUUUCAUAAUAAUCUUCUUCAACCAACUACUCAAGAACCAGCUGAAACCAAAGAUGUCAAACCUGGUGAAUUAGCAUAAAAAAAAUUCAAAAACUAUUUUGUACAAUACAUUUAGAAUAGAACGAAGCUGUUUACAUCUUUUCAGCUAAUUUUAGCCAGGUUUUUAAAGAUCUAGGUUCUUCGUAUUUUUUAUACAGUUUAAUUUUGUUUUUACUUUGUUAAAUCACUAAAAUUCUGUGAAAAACUACGUUCUAACCAGCUGAAAU